AAAACGAACGCAGGCACUGUGGGUCUGUGGUUAUACUGGGUUAUAUUGUGGUAGGGCCUCGACCGCGGUAACCGUGGUGUUUCAAACUCCUUUUUUUUAAUUACUCCGAGGAUCCGGUAAUCGUGAACGUUCGUAUUACAUACGAGCAUCAGAAGUUCCCCUUUUUAACUGUAUUGCUCAGCUGUUUUGUAUCAAGAUUCGUGACUCGUACUCGCUGUUAGCGCCGACCUAUUGCUGCCGAAUAACUAGAUGGUUUCCUGUCGUUCGUGUCACUACUGCGACUCUUCGGAUACCCAAGCUUUAGUCAAAGCUCGUUCGAGCUCGCCCGAGCCUCACGCUCACUUUUUCGCAGAAUGGAGUCCAGGACUGAAUUUAAGAUAAAGUCGCCGCCGACCGACGCAAUCUCCGCGGUCGAAUUUGGACCAAACUCCACGCAGUUCCUAUUAGUAUCGUCGUGGGACAGUACAGUCAGACUGUACGACAUACACGCCAACACGAUGAGGCUCAAGUACAAUCACGACCUACCGGUACUGGACGUCGCGUUUCAGGACGCUGUUCAUGCAUACAGCGGUGGUUUAGGAAAUACCUUAAAAAUGUAUGACAUAAAUAGCAAUACAGAAUCGAUAAUGGGCACACACGAGAAGCCAAUCAGAAAGAUAGAGUAUUGCGGAGCGGUAAAUGCAAUAUUAACUGGUGGUUGGGACGCCGCAGUGAAACUUUGGGAUCCACGAACGCCUACUUGCGUCGGUAGUUACUUGCAACCUGACGUGGUACUUGCCCUGUCCGUGUGCGGCGAUAAAUUCGUGGUGGGCACAGCGAAACGAAAAGUUUGCAUUUGGGAUUUAAGAAACAUGGCAGGGAUGUUCCAGAGACGAGAAAGUAGUUUAAAGUACCAAACGCGCUGCAUCAAAGGUUUCCCUAAUGAACAGGGAUAUGUAUUGAGUAGCAUAGAGGGUCGAGUCGCCGUCGAGUAUCUCGACACAAUGCCGGAAGCCCAGAAGAAGAAGUACGCGUUCAAGUGUCACAGAAUAAAGGAAAAUAAUGUCGAGCAUAUUUAUCCAGUGAACGCUAUUAGCUUCCACUCCGCGUAUAAUACGUUCGCGACCGGCGGCUCGGAUGGUUACGUGAAUAUCUGGGAUGGCUUUAAUAAGAAACGACUGUGCCAGUUUCACCGGUACAACGCUGGCGUGGCCGCGCUCAGUUUUAGCCACGAUGGUUCCGUCCUCGCAAUAGGUGUUUCGUAUUUAAACGAGGCCGAAAUUCCGCCGGGCGGCAGUGACGAGCGAGAAAUUUACAUAAGAUACGUCAACGAUCAGGAGACCAAGCCAAAGUAAAUAGCAAGUUUAUACAAAAUGCAAAUACAAUGAUAAAAGUGUGUGAUCAGUAAGACUUGUGAAUUUCCAUGUAUUCAAGUAGAGGAACGAAUGGUAGUAGAAAUGCACAUUGUGAAUAAUUGUAAAUAUUCUGAUUGCGGUAAUUUAUAUGCAUUUCAUGGAAAUAACAUGGUGUGACGACUUGCAAAAGGUUCAAUAAGUUGUACGUUUUAUAAAAAUUUUCUUGUCCAAUUUUUCAGGAAAUAAAUCUGAUUUGUAUCCGUAC